CCAAAAGUUGGGAUGCUUUUCUUCACCCAGUGCUUUGGGGCUGUGUUAGAUCUCAUCCACCUCCGCUUUCAGCACUACAAGGCCAAACGGGUUUUCUCCGCCGCUGGGCAACUUGUCUGCGUCGUAAACCCCACGCACAACCUCAAGUAUGUGUCCGGCCGCCGGGCCGUCACCCAGAACGCAGCGGAGCAGGGCGGCUGCCCGCAUCGCCACGCCACGCACCCCCCGCGGCAGCAUCGCCCGCACCCGCACCCGCACCCGCGGCACCACCCGCACCCCCACCGCCUGCGCCCCCAGGGGGCGCCCCCCUGCACCUGCCCCUUGUUCUCCUGCCCCUGGGAAGGCCGCCUGGAGGUGGUGCUGCCGCACCUGCGGCAGGCGCACAGGGUGGGCGUCCUGCAGGGGGCCGAGAUCGUCUUCCUGGCCAUGGACAUGCACCUGCCCGCCCCGGCGGACUGGAUCAUCGUGCACUCCUGCCUCGGCCACCACUUCCUGCUGCUGCUCAGGAAGCAGGAGAGGCACGAGGGCCACCCCCAGUUCUUUGCCACCAUGAUGCUGAUCGGGACCCCCACCCAGGCCGACUGCUUCACCUACCGCCUGGAGCUCAACAGAAACCAUCGGCGUCUCAAGUGGGAGGCCACGCCGCGGUCGGUCCUCGAGUGCGCGGACUCGGUGAUCACCGACGGGGACUGCCUCGUCCUCAGCACGGCGCUGGCCCAGCUCUUCUGCGACGACGGCGGCCUUGCCAUCGGGAUCGCCAUCACGGCCACUGAGGCCUGCUCCUCGGAAGCCGAAAUGUGAAGCGAGAGGCCGCCCCACGCUCGCGC